GAUCGAUCCAUCAAUGGCUGCCAACACUACAAGGCACAUUCUUGGCGAUGAAGAAAGCCAUCCUCAUAAUAUUGGUGGCAGCAAAAGAAUCGCAGCCGUCUCCUCUCCAUUCCCAAUGCAAGGGGGAUCACGAGUGGACUGGCGAUGAUCAGAAAACUCCCCCGCCUCCCGUCACGCUUGCUCAGAAGCUGGGCUUGAUGGACUUCUUUUCAUUCAAUGUGUGGCGGGCAUCGAUAGGGGAGCUCAUCGGCACGGCCGUGCUGGUCUUCAUGAUUGACACCAUAGUCAUAUCCACGUUCGAAAGUGACAUCAAAAUGCCAAAUUUAGUUAUGUCGGUUCUUAUCACUAUUGUCAUCACCAUCCUACUACUCGCCGUGUUUCCGGUCUCCGGCGGCCACAUAAACCCCAUUAUCUCCUUCUCCGCCGCCUUAGUCGGGAUUAUUUCCAUGUCCAGGGCGGUAAUCUACACGGUAGCACAGUGCGUUGGUGCUACCCUGGGCGCGCUGGCGCUCAAGGCGGUGGUGAGUAGCAGCAUCGAGAACACUUUCUCGUUGGGAGGAUGCACGUUAACGGUUAUUGCGCCGGGCCCAAAUGGGCCCAUUACUGUUGGGCUCGAGAUGGCCCAGGCUUUCUGGCUCGAGAUCUUCUGUUCAUUCGUAUUCCUUUUCGCUUCCAUUUGGAUGGCGUAUGAUCACCGGCAGGCCGAGAGGCUAGGGCUUGUCAAGGUUUUGUCGAUCGUCGGAAUGGUGUUGGGCCUGCUGGUGUUCAUCUCGACGACGGUGACGGCCACCAAGGGAUACGCCGGAGCCGGGAUGAAUCCGGCGAGGUGUUUCGGGGCUGCAGUUGUUAGAGGAGGACACCUGUGGGAUGGUCAUUGGAUAUUCUGGGUGGGGCCUUUCAUUGCUUGCGUGGCAUUCUAUUUGUACACUAAGAUCAUUCCAUCUCAGCAUUUCCAUGCAACCGGAUAUCCACAUGAUUUCUUCUCCACUCUCAAGCUUGCCUGCGGAUCCCAACUAUAGCUAUAACUAUACUAUAUGUAUUGUACUGCCUCUAACAUAAUCCAUAUGUUGGGGUUAUAAGAACUAAUGUCUUUGUUAUAAGUUUCAAUUUUGAAAUAAUAUAAUGUAUUAAAAUUAAAGUUGUAUUUUGUCUGUGAAGUUGUUGCAUGGUACGGUGUCUCUUUCUUUGCA